UAUAAAGUCGGUCUUUGAGGGACAUAGUCAUUCAACGAUUUCUCGUGUCUCGCAUCAUUACCUAGCCCUAUCCAAAACACAUCAACAUGAAUAAAAUUGUUAUCUUGGUAAGUCUUAUCUCGUUUGUCAACGUGGUGUUGGCUAGCCAUUUUGACGAGGACCACGGUGGUUCGUCGUAUGAAGAGAAAACAAAAACGGUGGAAGUUCCAAUUAUUAAGAAAUAUGCUAUACCUAUUCCGCAUCCUGUGCCCGUUGAAGUACCCAAGGAAAUUAAAAUACCAGUACCUCAACCUUAUAAGGUGCCAAUUGAAAUUCCUCACCCUUAUCCAGUGGAAGUCAUUAAACACGUUGAGAUACCUAUUGAGAAGCCAGAGCCUGUUGUUGUCGAAAAGCAUGUUCCUUAUGUCGUGGAGAAGCCGUAUCCCGUCUACGUGGAAAAAAAAUUCCCCGUACCAGUGGCGAAACCAUAUCCCGUUCAUGUUCCAGUCUACAAACACGUGCUUAUAACCAAGGGUAAAAAAUGGUAGACUUCGCGGAUAUUAAAUAUCAUUUUAUAAUCGCAUUCCAUCGUCAACAAAUCGUAUGGAAUAAUUCUUCUCGUUUCAACCGGUUAGAUUAUGUUUGGCGCAAACUUUUUCGUAAUGUUUCGAUAACUUUUUUUAUUUGAGAAAGAAUUCAUUUUACAGUAAUAUGUAGAUCUUUUCUUGAGAUCCUUUAUAUUGCUGACUGAAAUGAAAACGAAAUGUUACAGCGUAUUUGUUAUACAAUUUAUCGACGCCAGGUUUUAAUCUGGCAAAUCCUUUUAUAGAUAAUUUUGUUACAUAUCUUUUUUAUAUUGUUAAGUUUUUAUUAAUAUAAAAUGCUUAUUAUAUUUUUUUAAUGAAUUUGUUAAUAAAGUUGUCAAUCUCAAGUUUUCUAUUAA